AUGAUAAACGAUUUGGAAAGCAAAAAUGGAACUUGGUUGAGAUUGAGUGAAAAGCAAGUUGUUAGUGCACCUUUUCAUUUAUAGAAAGGAGUAAAAUUUAAUCUAUCAUUUGAAUUGAUGUUCGAUGUCUUUGAAUUGGUGUGUGAUGUAUGA